AUGAAGCGGCAUAUGCACGACAGAAUGCGGCAUGCUUCUCGUGAUCCCCGGCGGCAAAGCACAAGGGAAGCUAUCAUGCUCAGUGCAUGCACUAAAAAGCCCAAGAAACGGUUAUUCACGUAUUCACAAUGGUGUUCACUGUUGAGAAGAAGGCGAAGAGUGGCUUUGAGGCGUCGCCCCACUACUCGUCGGCGGUUGUUGCGCCGUAUUUUUGCGUUACGGUAUGGUAAGUAUCAGAAACCACUCUGCAACUGCGCGAUGCCUAAUCAUGGAACCAUUCUCACAGGAGCUGUCCCCGGUAGAACUUCGAUUUUAUGGCUACCAUCCCAUUGGUACAUGCGUCGGCGGUUUCAUUACUGUGUGGAAAAGGCAAAGGUCUCCCCCUGUCCAAACCCAGAACCCGAUCUGGCCAUUGUAGGUGGAGGCAGCGGUAGAGGUACGCCUUCCUGCACCGUCACACUGAGAAUCGCCGUGCCCCUUAAAUGUCAGAGGAAGCAACACCGAAUAUUACAGCGUUGGGUCGCGAGAUUGCCCACUUUUGUUUCCUCACAGAUGACUUCAAAAGUUGUGAGACAGCACAGGGGCAAGUUAACGGCUGUCCCACCACCCAUGUGCUUCGUUGCUGAAAGGUCUCACAUGUGCGUGUGGCGCCUGCAGCAGCUGAACAUGGAGAGGCGUUUUUCGCCAGAGGAGCUAAUGAAUCUACUAAUAAUGCGUACGAAUGAAAACCCGCCGGCCAUGGGUUACACUAAAAGUUUUCGCCUUAGCAAAACAACCCCGGAUCCCACCGGCGGAACAUGGCAAACCAACGGCUGUAGUGUCUACUACGGCUACGUGUGGUCUGCCGCCGCCAAAGCCGCUGGUUACCCGUUCCCACAGGAUGCUUGCACGGUACAAUCAAACCCUGUAGUUGCUGUGACACUGGUGCUUGUGCGCGAUGGAAAAGUGGGAAGAGGAGAUACAUACUACUUGAUUGCGCCUUGUCCAGUGUAUUUCGGCCCACAAGCGCGGCGACACCUCAGCUUCUGUCUCAUUUCGCACUGGAAUCCAUGCCCGGCGGUGGGUUUUCUGAGUUCCAUGUUAGAGGUCUGGUGUUGUGCUGGGGCAGCCGCACAGGAAUGUGGUGAAAAAGCGGUUCUGCCCAGCCAUUCAUGGGUGCGGCAGCGAGUAGACAAGGCAAUGAUGAGAUGGCACUCUGCAACAGCUGGGAAGAGCGAGAGUAGCGAGUUUUUGGAGGCUGAAAAUUCAAAUGUUUUUCUUUCAACUAAGUCAUCAUCCCUGACGCCAACAAAAAGGGCGUUAGGAGGCGUCAAGGUGUUUACUUUCCCAUCGUUUCCGCCAUUUACGGACAUUGUUGACUGUACCAGUUUUCCCAUCCACCAAUGUGUGGUGACAGUACUUGCGGUUUCUGUACGCCGCAUUCGUAAUGCUGACGCCCUUGGUAGUAGUAGGACGUGCAACACGUGGUCGUACCGCGCCUGCCACUUCCAGCUUUCGAGGCAUUUGUUCUCCAGUGUCGUGUCACCAGUUGCGGCCACGUGGAGGCAAUGGUGUGACGAUUCUGAAGAGGUUGCCGGGACCGUGGGGCUAUGCAGGAGUAAUGGUUACGCAUACUCCGCACGGGCGAUCGGCGAAGAGGAACGAGAAACUUUGCAACUACUCUCCGGGUGCUACGCGUUGUUCGGCAGGGAAAGUGCACGGAAUGUCUGGCGCAAUUCGGGGGUGGCACGUCUGUACCAUUCGCCCUCCAAUGCCCACCAACGUGUCCUUUUGAAAUUUUCGGCAAGAGGGGGGCGGCAACAUCAGGAAGUGGGAGGUGCACUUUUGCUUUUGAAACCGAAGGAUCAGGAAGAGAGUGGUGCAACUCUGUGCGUCACCAUUCCGGAGCUUACGCGCAUCGGCACCAUUGCUACAGCCCCAUUUUUUUCUAUGCGUUUUGGUUGUUGCCUUGCCUACGCGUGGGUUUGGGACCACGCUGGCUGGAAGUCUCUAAUUUCUGAUCAUUGCAGGCGGGCGGUGAGUGGCUCUAGAAGCAGUCAACGUGGGGAUGUUGUGAAUGAGGGCAGUGUGGAGGAUCCCAACAGCAAAAAUACUGAGUGUUGUUUCGUGUGCAGUAACAAUGGUCUUCUUGCCUUACUACCGUAUCUGCGAGAAGUUCCCACGUCAUGCAAAGGAGGUCGGACAACAGUACCUGGCAAGACGAAGCGGGGAAAGGUAACCACUGCAAUGAAGAUGAAAAAAUGGAAAGAAGUGCAAUCUAAAUUAUGCGACAUUGAUGUCUGCACUCCGGUUGAUAUUGUCAGACUCACUGCCAGAAGCUAA